GAGAUCUUCCUGCUGUUGAGACACUGGUUCUGAACUCGACGCCACUGCCAUUUUUGGUUUUUGGUUUUGUUUGGACACAACUCACUCAGGACAUUGAUCAACAACAAACAGCUUGGACUGAGAAACUUUAUUUUUCUUAUUGCUCACGAUGGGUGACUGGGGCUUCCUGGAGAAGCUGCUGGAUCAGGUGCAGGAGCACUCCACAGCCAUUGGAAAGGUCUGGCUGACGAUCCUCUUCAUCUUCCGUAUCCUGAUGCUCGGCCUGGCUGGGGAGUCCGUCUGGGGAGAUGAGCAGUCGGACUUUGUGUGCAACACCAAGCAGCCUGGCUGCACCAACAUCUGCUAUGAUCAGGCGUUCCCCAUCUCUCACGUCCGCUACUGGGUGCUGCAGUUCCUCUUUGUCAGCACGCCCACCCUGAUCUACUUGGGACAUGUCAUCUAUCUUUCCCGGCAGGAGGAGAAGCUGAAGGAGCGGGAGAGCGAGCUCCGAGCAUUGCAGUCCAAGGAUUACAAUGUGGCAGCAGCUCUGGUGACCGUGGAGAAGAAGAUGGCCAAGAUCUGCGUGGGGGAAGAUGGGAGGAUCAAAAUCCGUGGGCCUCUAAUGUGGACCUACAUCAUCAGCGUGUUGGCCAAGAGUAUCUUUGAGGCUGGCUUCCUGGUAGGCCAGUGGUUCCUCUAUGGCAUCAUCAUGGAGCCCCGCUAUGUCUGUGAGGGGUCCCCGUGCCCGCACCGGGUGGACUGCUUCGUCUCCCGCCCCACCGAGAAAACUAUCUUCAUCAUCUUCAUGGUGGUCAUGGGCUUGAUCUCCCUCAUCCUCAACCUUGUCGAGCUCUGCUACCUCUGUUGCAAGAACCUCCUCCACAGCGUCAAGGAAAGCAAUUGCUGCUCCACAUCCUCGGCCCCUCCACUGCCUUGUGACGCCAAUGGCUUCAAGCUUUGUGAUGUGCCCACUGGGCCUUAUUUGGAGAAGCCCUACUUCUACCUCCCGGUGGCAGAGCGGCACUCCCAGCCCUACCACACUUACAACAAACUCUCUAACGAGCAGAACUGGGCCAACUUCAACACUGAGGAAACCUUGGCCUUGGGGCAUGUGGGCAAGCCCCCUGAUGUCUUUACCACUCAAGGCCCUGCAGCCCAUAUCUCUCAGGAAAGGCAGCCCAGCCGGCCCAGCAGCAGCAGCUCCAAAAAACAGUACGUCUAGCAACCCAAGUGCAAGCUGAGAAUCUCCUUUUCUGCUGUAGGUGAUCAGCCAGGUUCUCUAGAAGGUUUUCUUAGUGUCAGGUUGCUUUGCAAAAGUCGACCACUGAAGAAAAAGGCAAUUGCUCAGUGUCUUAAGUGCUGCCUUUGCUUCUACCAGGUGGUUCUGUUUGGGCCAUAGCAUCUGGGCAUAGACUGAUGCUUCAAGGCUACAGACAACUGGACAUAAAAACCAUCUCGUUAAAGCCAGCAGAAUGACUAGUUAAUGGGCAUUUGGUUGUCUCCCAGAUGUGGUGCUAAAUGUUGUCUUAAAGUUGACUUUUCCUCUUGCAUGUUAAGCCUGGACAAGGGGUAAGUGGCAGCAACCACCAGACAGGUGUGGGGGUAGAGGAACCUGUUCUAGCUUGAGACUCAACAGGAGCUGGCCUUGACUCUAGAAGAGAACUCAUGAGCUGGGAGACAACAGAGGAAAGAUUUGGCAAGCAAGCUGAUGGUUGCUUGCUUCUCUGGCAACCUCCAGUGGUGAUGGGUCUCCACUGGAAGGGAAGAGGUGUUCUCACAUUGUUCGAGGUGGUGGAGUUUCUUACCACUUCCACAUCGUGGAGCUGAGAUCUCUGGCACAGAACUGAACACAGAUCUCUUGCUUUAGGGCAACAAGAAGAGAAUGCCAGCUCCUUUAGAGCAGAUGACUCUCAUUGGUUUGUGGAGGGAACACUUGUGUAACUGGGGACUCAGUGCAAAGUGCACUCUCCAAAAAAGAAAAGGGGUGGGGGGGGGAACUGUCUCCAGAAAUGAGAUCCUGCCCUUGCUGUAUUGGUGGACGGGGCAUUCUGUUGAAUCUGUCCUUGCAAAUGGAACACGGGUAGCUCUCCUAAUCCACUAUUUCUGGGGGUGAGUUGGCAAACUACAUGGGCAAAAGAAGUCUUGUUUCAAUGCAACAUACUGUACUUAAGAGAUUCUCCCUGGUAUAACUUUCUAUUUAUGGAUGGCCAUGUGAACAGAUGGGAUGGGGGAAGCAUACAUCCAUCUAAACCUCUUUCCCUCAUGGUCUACAGGAAGUCUGAGUAGCUUACAACAAAAACACGAACCAAAUAUAGCAGCUUCUUGGACUGAAACCAAGCAUAUAUUUUAAAAAUGGAGUUCCUGUCUGAAGCGAGCAUGUGAGAAUAUCAGCUGAAAUCUAUUUGACCUAAUAAAUAUAAAGCAAAGUCAUGGCAGGGUUCCUUGUAGCUAUUUCUUGUGCUUCUGGCUGGAAGCUGGCUCUAGAAAAGGGAUGGGCAAACUUGGCCCUCCAGCUGUUGAACUACAACUCCCAUCAUCCCCAGUCACAAUUUGUUGGGAUGAGAGUGGUUGAUCAGCAGCUUGGGGGCCAAGUUUUCCCACCCCUGCUCUUGAGCCUGCAUGCUUCGGAACCAAGUAGUGAAGUGUAAUGUGACUUGUACAGAGUUGAGCGGUUCUGUGGGAUGGUUGCAGUCAAAAGGGUGCUUGCUUUCAUCCAAAUAUUGAAGACUUCCAUCUCCAGUGUUUGGUGGCAAGCAAGAGCCCAUAAGUACCUGACGCUUACUUGUGUGACUGGAGAUACAGCCUCCAGAAACCAAGGUGAUAGAGAAGGUAAGGUCAGUAGAUGUAGCAAUCGGGGUGUGCAUGGAACUGGCUGGUCUGGUUCGAGUCUGAACUGGACUGGGCCAGUUACAUUCAGAACUCCCUCAAACCCUCCAGUUCGGUUUCAUCCAGGGGGGUUCGCGAGCUUGGUUUUUAAAAUUUAAUUUUAAAAAAUUACCCCUCUCUAGGGGAUACUUCAAGGCGGGGGGGGUCAUCUGUGGAGGUUUCCCUCCCCCACCACUGCCCACUGGCCUCCCACUCACCCCAAAUCGGCCCAUUGGACACAGGCCACGCAGAGGUCCAUUGCUCAGGUUCAGCGGCCUCCAAAAUGGCCACCACACUGGUGGGGGGAAAGGGAGGCCAGUGGGAGGGGGAGGGAGGCCUCUGUGGAGCCCCCCCCCCCGCCUUGGAGAAAACACCCCAGAGGAGCUAAGAUUUAAAAGAAAUCAUGAACACCCCCCUGAACAGGCUGGGCGGUGGUGGUCUGGGGUCAGAUCGAAGCGGGGGUGGUUCAGUUCAAUGGCAAACCGUCCAACCAAACUGGUUCAACAUCAAACCUGUUCUCACAUCACAAGUAGCUAUAGCCUUCACCACAACACUUUAAUCUGCUUGGACAGAGAUGGGACUGCUUGGUCGAAGGAAAAGUAGCAGAAAUGACCUUGCGAGGAGAGCAACUACUUGGUCUAAAUGUGCGUUUGGGGCGUUUCGCCUUCCACCCAUCGUUAGGAAAGAGAACUUUCAUCCAACUCUACUUUCCAACACCAUCCACAAUUAGUGCUUUUGACUUGUCCAGCAUUACCUUCCUUCGUUUAUCAAAUUGUCCUCUUAGUCUGCUCAAAUUGGUGGCCUUCUCCCCUCCUCACCCCACUCCCAUUUUCAGCUUAUGGGGCUUGGAUGACUCUAAUGCAUGGACUGAUCUCCUACGGAAGAUUGUCUUGUAUUUCUCAUAUACCCCAGACUGCCUAGGUCAUCCUCUAAAGCAGGGAUUCUCAACCUUGGGUCCCCAAGUAGUGCUAGAGUUGCAGGUCCCUAUAGCCACUGUGGGUGGGCAUGAUGGGAGUUGUAGUCUGCUCUGAUGCACUGCCCAGUCAGAAGCAGCCUGCAGAUUACUGGGUUGGCAGGGCACCUGUGAAUCCUUUUCCUGAAUUGCCAGACACAUCCUGUGCAAUGUUCCCUUAAACAGGGAUUCCCACAUGUUGUGGGCUACAGCUCCCAGAAUCCCCAGCUGCAAUGGCUUUUGCUUUGGGAUUCUGGGAGUCGUAGUCAACAUCUGGGAAUUCUUCCUGUUCGAGGGAACGCAGAAGCUGUGUUAGGAAGUUAUAUUGAUCCUGCGAGAUGCUGUGCCACCUUGCCACUCACCCCCCAAGUUGGUAUAAAAACAACGUCCUAACGCAUUGUUUAUUGUGUGUCUGAGCUGUUGAAUGUUUCAUAGAUUUAAAUCUCUAUGCGAAGUUGCAUUGGCCAUUUUCUGUCCUGUAUUCUUUGUUAAUUGAUUGCAGUCUUGUCUGGAAACAUGAGCUGCAUCUUUCAGUCUUGUUGCAGGAACAGUCUCCUCAAAUAAGAAUCUCUCCUGAACUUGCCACUGGGUGCAGAAUGUAAUAUGAAGAGACAACCAGCCUUCUUGGUUCGUUUUAAAAGCAUUUUUAAACUUUUUCAUUCUGGAAGCUGGUUUCCAUCUAUUCCUGGGUUAAACAAAAUCCCACCCUGCCCUGGUUCUACAGCAGUAGCACUGGGAAAUAUUUCUUUAGAAGAAAAGCUUGUGACCCGCAAAUGGAAGCAUUCCUACUUUUGUAGCUUCAAACACUGAUCAAGGGAGAAGAACAGUGAUAGAAGAAUCCUUUUAUCUUCUUGGCAACUUGUCUCCAAUGAACUGAUCUUGACAAAGCUGUGAAAAGGAGAUCUGUACUUGUAAACCCUUCUGCUUGUCUGGUGUGAACAAGCAUUGUGGAGAGUCUGCAUCCUGUCCCUCAUUCACCCAAAGUGUAUGAAUGCAAAGGUGCUUUUUUUUUUUUUUUUUAGGGGUCGGGGGGGAGAGGUGAUAUUAAAAUUUAUGUUCUUUCCCUCCCCCUUCAAAUAAAGAACUGAGAAACGGG